UUUACUUACGCUCCAUCCUAUAUAUGAUCAGAAUUAUGUAUAUGAGCAGAGAGAGCAGUUAGAGCCUGCUGAAUCCCUGGGAUGGUUUAAUUGCCCCUCUUCCUGCACAUGUUAUGCCAGCAGUGCCCACAGUAAGCUGUGACUUCCUGUUUCCGGUCCCUGUACGGAAGCCCGGUGAGGUCAGCCGGCGCGGAUUGGUCGUUCGCCGUUAGACUGGGCUGUGAUGGUUUAGCCCCGGAGGGUGUAUUGCAGCUGCGUCAGCUCCGUGAGAAGAGGUGAGGGACCCUGGGAUGGGGAGCAGGGAGCCAUGUUACCCUCCACCCCCUUCGCUGGUCAUCAUGCAGGUAUCUGGGAUGGAGUGUAUCUGUGAGACCAGGCUGUCAGUAGGACAGGGCUGGCCAAAAAGGUGGGAGAACUGCAACUCUAAGGAUGCUCAGCCAGCCCUGGGGAUGGGGAGAAGGGAGCCAUGUUAUUCCUCCCCCCCAGGUCCUCAUACAGGUAUCUGGGAUGGAGUGUAUCUGUGAGACCAGGCUGUCAGUAGGACAGGGCUGGCCAAAAAGGUGGGAGAACUGCAACUCUAAGGAUGCUCAGCCAGCCCUGGGGAUGGGGAGAAGGGAGCCAUGUUAUUCCUCCCCCCCAGGUCCUCAUACAGGUAUCUGAGAUGGAGUGUAUCUGUGAGACCAGGCUGUCAGUAGGACAGGGCUGGCCAAAAAGGUGGGAGAACUGCAACUCUAAGGAUGCUCAGCCAGCCCUGGGGAUGGGGAGCAGGGAGCCAUGUUAUUCCUCCCCCCAGGUCAUCAUACAGGUAUCUGGGAUGGAGUGUACCUGUGAGACCAGGCUGUCAGUAGGACAGGGCUGGCCAAAAAGGUGGGAGAACUGCAACUCUAAGAAUGCUCAGCCAGCCCUCGGGAUGGGGAGCAGGGAGCCAUGUUAUUUCCCCCCCCCUCCCCCCGGUCACCAUACAGGUAUCUGGGAUGGAGUGUAUCUGUGAGACCAGGCUGUCAGUAGGACAGGGCUGGCCAAAAAGGUGGGAGAACUGCAACUCUAAGGAUGCUCAGCCAGCCCUGGGGACUGUCAGAGCAGCAGGGGUUAGUAGCCCUUCAAAGUGGAUUAUCCACAUAACAAACAUGCUGAGCAUCCCAUUCACCCAUUGUCCACAACUGUAUUGGUAUACUGUAUAGGAUGCUGAGCAUCAUUGGUAUGUAGAUAAUCCAUAUGUACAAAGGGCCCCUCAGCAAGAAUAUUCUACUUGCUUGUACUGAUAGAAAUAUAUAUAUAUAUAUAUAUAUAUAUAUAUAUAUAUAUAUAUAUAUAUAUAUAUAUAUAUAUAAAAUCAGCACACAAAAAAAACAGUAAUUCAGGUUAGCAGACAUCUAUAAUAAUAUAUCAUUUAGAUUGUAAGCUUACAGGCAGAGCCCUCUACCUCUUGUAUUGGUCUGUUUGUAAUUUACUUUCUUUUUCCCUAUUGUACAGAACUGCGGAAUAUGUUGGCGCUUUAUAAAUGCCAGAAAUAAAUAAUCAUCAUCUGAUAAAAUAUGAAAUUGCAUUUAUUUUAGGGCUGUGUUUCUUAGUCCACCCCUCCCGUUAAUAGGGAUCUCCCCAAGUUGGAAUCCUUGUUGGUCGGAGAUCAUGGAAGAUUCACUGCAAUAAUAGCUUAAAAGCUGCAAGUGCCCAUCCCUGAUAUAUACGGAUAGUUAUUCGUCAACCGCUUUCUAACAGAACGUCUGCUGUGCCAGAAUAUUCACAAAGAAGCAAUCCACUCCCGUGUAAUGUGGAUAACUGCAUUCAUUAUAGUAAUAGCCAACACUACUUCCUGGCACACACUCAGUAUUGUGAAUGAUAAAUACACGGUGCAGCUGGCAUGUUUAACUCACCCAAAUGGCUCAUGGGAGGCGUGUUUGUCUCAUAGGUUUGGUUUUCCAGGUGUGCUAAUAACAAAUUGAAUUUGGGCAAUGGGCAUUAUGGAGUUUGCAUGGCUACUUCGAAGAUCUGGAACUGCGGAGGUAAGUGUGCUCUCUAUUAACCUCUAAAGUGUGUCUUACCCCAGUAAAAGCUGUUAUGGAACUUACUGGAGUAAGUAAAACUAAGCUCAGAGGAGAUGGUUCCUCAUUAAUUUCUUGUUAUUGUAAUCGAUCAUUGACCUUUGGUGCCACAUGACAGUAUCAAGAGCGAGGGUGAAAUCACAAAACAUUUUAAAGAACGUUUUAAUUUUAGAAACGAUCAUACUCUGCAUUCACACUGUGAGUGAACACCCAGGAGACAGAAUGGGCACAGAAGCUUUUGGAUAAACACAAGCGUUAUAAAAAUAGGGGUCUAUAGAGUACUUGGUGAAGGCAUUGUGCCAACAAAUCAGUUAAUUGGCAAACUUGAUGAGAUUUAAGGGUAAAUGGUUGCCCUUAAAUAUUUUGUUUAGAUUUUAUAAUUGGAGCUCAGCCAGAUAAUUCAGAUGGAUUAAAUUCACCCACUCCUGGGUCUGCAUCCCAUUAGGGAUUACAGAACACCUGAGCACUCUCGUGCACCUGCUUGUAAACUAACUGAAAUAGAAACAAUCAGGGUUAUUCGCUAAGGUGUGAACUAUUGGGGAUGUAAAGCGAUUGUGGAAAUUUUCAAACAGAAUUGCAUGUUUUAGACAAAAUGGCUAAGGUCAAAAUUCUCCCCAGCUAAAUUGUUAUAUUUCCUGCUGUGCUAUCUUGGCCUUAAAAUUGCAACUAUCUUGCAAACGUACCAUUCUGAGUUUAACGGAUAAGCUAUCUAGGACAUUUUUUUUAAUCUAUUUUUUAUAUUUAUUGUAUUUUGUGAAAAUAAAUAUCUAUUUUCUAUCUAGAGGGUAUGCAUCUCCUAUUGCUGUGGAACACAGAAUCAAUUCAUCCGUUUGUUCUAAACAAUACGGUUGUUGUUUUGUGAUCUAGGUCUGCGACUGGUUCACUGCACAAUUCACAAUCUCUGCUCUUUGUGACUGUCAUUUAAAGUGGACCUGCCACUUCCCAGCCUUUAAUCUAGAUGAAUUCUUUGUUAAAUGCUGACUGAUGCAUGUGUCGGUAUAAUUAAAAUAUACUGAAAAAGCAGGGUCUAUUAUAUUUCGGUAUAAUCAGUUCUGUUAGUCCACAAGGUUAAUUUGCAAAAUUAGUGACCUGUUGUGAAAGGACUUUUUUGAUAUCAGCUGUCAAUCACAGCAGAAUCUCAUGCAAUAACAAGAACUAUUGAGGAUCCCUCCCAAGGGGUCAUCCCUAGAUAUGUUAGGAAUCCUUGCUUACAUGCAAGAGCUUCUGUGGGCACGACAAACGUGUUACAACUCCUAGAAGACUAGGCUGCCUUGUGAUAGGGAAGGAGAUUAUCAUGUAAGUAGAUCUCACAAAAUGUAUUUUUCCCACAGGUUUUCCCAACUUUUUUGCGUCUUUUAAUAAGUUAUUUCACACUUAUUAUUUUUAUUUAUUUUUGUCAUCACACAUUUAAAAGAAGUGUUGUUUUGUUUUUUAUGUUCGAGUGGAAUCUCGGAACUUGAACUUAAUCCGUUCCCAAAGGCUGUUCGAGUCCCGGAGUGUUCAAGAACCGAAUCAUCAUUUCCCAUAAGAAUUAAUGGAAAAUUGAUCCGUUCCAGCCCCCAAAAUCUAAUAAUAAGCACCUUACAUGUAUUUGAGUGGUUCCUGCCUUUCAUAUUGCUAAAAAGUUACUGUUGGCCAUUAUUACAAUUAUUUAUAAAAUUGUCUAACUUUAAAAUGAGACAUUGCUCUGUGUUAUAUGUUCGGGUAUCGAAGAUAGUUCGCAUACCGAGCGUUUUUUUUUUUUGUUUGUUUGUUUUUUACUCAUGGCUCUUUGUAUGUUCGGGUACCGAAGAUCGUUCGCGUACCGAGACAUUUUUUUACUUGAAAUAAUAAUUGUUCGAGAACAGGACCGUUCGAGUUCCGAGGUUCCACUGUAUUAUUUGGCCAAGUCUCGAAAUUUUUAAACUAAGUUAUGUACUUUUUAAGAUGUGGUCUUAUCAUUACCACCUCCUUUAGCUUUGCCGCACAAACAUUUGUCCAAUGGCACCCAGGAGUUGAGCCCUGACAAAUUUUGGUUUGGUUGCCAGGCAAUAAGGGCAUCCUACGAUUUUUACAUCAUUGUGAGCUUUAAAGCCCCUGGGAGAGGUGGGAGAGUCUGAAAAGAAAUCCUUGUUGCUUACUCUGGUGAAUACAAUAUUCUGUAAGUGCAAAGAUCUUGUUUAACCCCUUAGAGACACUUUGCUGUCAGCCUAAUCUAGUCUCUGAAGAUAUACCAGCGUGGAAUGUCCAUUUAAUCUGGUUUGCCAUCCAGUUCUUUGUUUAUUGAGUGUGACUUUCCAUUUUUGGAGCAGGAUCUUUAAAGAACAGAAUGUUGUGAUUAUGUAUUUUGCUGUCAACCAUUUAAAGGGACCAUAAGCACCAUAACCACUAUGGCACACCGUAUGUUGGCUGUGGUAGUCAUUGACUAGUGUGUAGUAUAUAGCCUUUGAGUGUAACUUUUUCAUGCUGUGAACUUUUGUGUAUGAUGUAGGCUCCAUGAAAGCAAUUGAUGGAUGUUGCCAGGGAUUGUGAUAUUUGCACUGGAUCUCAGAAUACGUUAGACAAACACUGUCCUUCAUUGAGUCUAUAGAUCAGUGUAGGAGUAAACAGAGGGUCGUUUUGCAGAAGCCAUGAUAACUUUGCCUAUUCCUUGUAUACUUUUCUUCAUGGGAAAAUAUGGCCAAGAUUUGGGGAUUAAGUUUGCUAAUUGCUAGCCUUGCUAUCAGUAUACUCCCUUUUCUCUGGAUAGAUAAUUCUGUGUACUGCAGUAGUGUAAUAACUUUUUUUUUUUUUUUUUAAAACACGUGAUUAGUUAGUCUGUACGUUGGAUCGUUGAAUUUGUAGCAUGGUUGAGUAAGUGAAACAAUCUAUAAAACCAACAACAUCAAGACUGAAAUGGGACUUUUUGAUUUAUGUAUCACACAGCCAUAAGGGCAGAAGUGUAAUGCAUAUAAUUUAUAUUACAGAAAGCUGGCGAUCUAUCAUGGGGGAAACCCAAGAACAAGCUGUCUUGGCAGUCAUACAUUUUACAUGACAACUACACAAUCAUAUUAAUGCUAGUCGAACCGCAAUUAGAUUACCAUUGUCUCAUGAGGCAAACUUUGUGGAUUCAAAAAUCUAUAUUGAAGGGUCAGUGAUGGUGGAGGUUGCUCUUUGCACUGUGAACUCAAAAAUCAAUUAGACCCAUUUCUAAAAGUCACUGUGGAAACCAAUAGAAUGCUCCAAUUGUCUUGUGAUUUGUUUAUUUAUUACACAUAAUCUCCAUCAUAUCUUGUCACAUAUUAGCUGAAGCUCUGUUGUAGCUCUGCAGCAUGAACAUUGUCCUUAAAAUAUAUGAGCAUAGCUACCAUGUGUCCCUGUUUAGAAGGCAUAGUCCCUAUGAGUGCAUCUCUUUUCAAUUGUUUGGGAAAUCAAUUUUUUAAUAUCUGAUGGACUUAAGAGUUCUUUUAAUUCGUGCUGUUUUUUGGUUUUGUUUGUUGUAGAUUUCUAGAAAUGCCAUGUUAUUGCUCAUGCUGUAUUUCUUUUUAGAUUUCUCUCGGCGAUGGUGAUUAAAUAAUGACUUUGGGUUGCUGAUUACCAACCGGAAAACAUGGCCUGCGGAACUGAAUCUGUAGUAUUUAAGGAAUUUUGUCCACUGUAUUCCAUCGUCAAUGCAAUUCCAGCAAAAGUCCAGAAAGGAUUCCGGUCUAUAAUCGUUUACCUGACAGCCCUGCAUGCCAAUGGCGACUAUAUUGCGAUUGGAAGCAGCAUUGGAAUGCUAUAUCUGUAUUGCCGGCAUACAAAUCAGAUGAAGAAGUAUAACCUGGAGGUAAGGUGUUCCUGUUGAUUAUUCUUUGAGGCCCCAGUGCAGUUCUUCAGUUUAUACACAUAGGUGUUUGGUGUCACCUUGUAGAUUCUAAUAAUCCCACAUUAUUUUAAGAUAAUAAGGUGGUAUAAUAUUUGUAUUGGAGUCCAGUACAAACUGCCAUGUGUUGUGUAUUGGGUUUUUAAUACUGGACUUCUGUCGAUCUACAACUCCCAUAAUCCUUUACCAAAAGAGGUGCAUAGGAUGUGUAGUGCCCAAACAGCCGCAGUGCUAGAAUUGAAAUACCCCUGCUAGAGAAGUGGACGGGUUUAACCCCUUAAGGACCAAACGUCUUGAAUAAAAGGGAAUCAUGACAUGUCACACAUGUCAUGUGUCCUUAAGGGGUUAAAGAUGCUGGAAUUAAUAAUUCAUGGUAAAUGCUGAAGUUUCACGUAACCGUUUUGUUUUAGUUACAGCAAUUGGAAAUUUACUUGAACUCCUGACCGUUUUUCACUAGGUAAUAAUCCUGUAGAUUUGGGGUUUAUUCUAUAAUGAGGGGGGGGGAUUCUAUCUAAUCUGCCAGCCAAACAGGUCAGCACAUGCGUGAAACCAACAAAGAUAAUGUGUUAACAAAGAAAUUCAUUCACACUUUUAUUAAUCUUGCCAUUAUCCGUGGCAGCAAACGGGUUUGCUCUGCCGACCACUGCAGAUAGGACCAGGAAAAAAAAACUAAAUUCUAUAGGAAGUUUCUCCUGUCAUGUGACUUUCAAUCUGUGUCCCAGCACACCUAAAAUUAUAGAAUUACUCCAACUACCAUAACCACUUCAGUGAUUUAAAGUGGUUGUGGUGGUAGGAGUCAGGAUUAUAAACAGCCAAUUCUGUGCAUAGGAAAGCAUUGGGAGGCUAGUGUGCAUGCAUGGCAGAUGAUCUGUCUUGGAAGUGCCUCUAUAGCAGGGCUGUCCAACCCCAGAUGUUGCUGAAAUACAACUCCCAUGAUUCCCUGGCUAUCUGUUUCAUUGAAAGAAUCAUGGGAGUUGUAGUUCAGCAACAUCUGGGGGGCCGCAGGUUGGACAAGCCUGCUCUAGAGGCUGUCAGUAUGACUUAAGCAGCAGGGUUAAAACAGGAGUGGGGGGACAGACCACUUAAAGGACCACUAUAGGCACCCAGACCACUUCAGCUCAGUGAAGUGGUCUGGGUGCAUCUAGGGUUAACCCUGCAGCUGUAAACAUAGCAGUUUCAGAGAAUAUGGGUUAAUCCAGCCUCUAGUGGCUCUCAUUGACAGCCACUAGAGGCGCUUCCGUGCUUCUCACUGUGAUUUUCACAGUGAGAAGACGCCAGCGUCCAUAGGAAAACAUUGAGAAUGCUUUCCUAUGAACUGACUGUGCGCACGUUGCCCUUGCCGCGCAUGCGCAUUCGGCGGAUAACGGCAGGGGCAGGAGGGAGCCCGGCGCUGGAGAAAGGUAAGUGAUUAACCCCUUCCUCCUCCUUUAGCCCGGCGGGAGGGGGGCCGUGAGAAUGGGGGGGGCCUAUUAACACUAUAGUGCCAGGAAAACAAGUUUGCUUUCCUGGCACUAUAGUGGUUCUUUAAUUCAGAAGAGUCCCUUUUAAAUAAACUCUGGUCAAUCUCAUUAGUUUAGUGUAUCUGGCAGUUUUAAAGUGGGAAAUGUUGGGCAAUAAUUAUAUGUAAAAACACAA